AAACAGCUGGUAUAAGCCAUUAGGUGGCAGCACCGCCACGCCGGUUUCGACCAAUCAACGGCAACCACGAUGCACACACACAAGCUUAGAUAGUUUUUUUGAUAAAUUUGCCAGCCGUGUUGUUUUGACGAGCUGAAAAUCAUUCAUAAGAUAAGGAAAUAAUGUUUAAGUGAAAUAAUACACAACGAGAAUACUAACCACGUAGUCAAAAAAGCAAACAAACAAACGAUUCACACAUAAUGCAGCUAAUAAAAGGCCUGUUACUUGUGCAGCUAGCGCUCUUUCUACUUGACGAGGCGCUUGCGGGGCGAGACUUCUAUGGUAUUCUGAAAGUAAAACGGAAUGCCAACACGAAUGAAAUAAAGAAGGCGUAUCGGCGACUCGCCAAAGAGCUGCAUCCGGACAAAAAUAAAGAUGAUCCGGAUGCGUCAACUAAAUUUCAAGAUCUGGGUGCUGCAUACGAGGUCCUCUCAAAUCCGGAUAAACGCAAGACAUACGAUCGUUGCGGCGAGGAGUGCCUUAAGAAGGAGGGUAUGAUGGACCAUGGUGGUGAUCCGUUCUCAAGUUUCUUUGGCGACUUUGGGUUCCAUUUUGGCAAUGGUGAUCCCCACCAGCACGAUACGCCCCGUGGCGCAGACAUUGUGAUGAACAUGUAUGUCUCCCUGGAGGAGCUCUACUCAGGCAACUUUGUGGAAAUCGUGCGCAACAAGCCCGUAAUGAAACCAGCCUCUGGUACGCGCAAAUGCAAUUGUCGGCAGGAGAUGGUGACACGAAAUUUGGGACCUGGACGCUUCCAGAUGAUACAACAAACUGUUUGCGAUGAGUGUCCUAACGUGAAGCUGGUCAACGAGGAGCGCACCCUGGAGAUUGAGGUGGAGCAGGGUAUGGUUGAUGGCCAGGAGACACGAUUUGUGGCCGAAGGCGAGCCACACAUUGAUGGCGAGCCUGGAGACUUGAUUGUGCGCGUUCAGCAGAUGCCGCAUCCACGAUUCCAACGCAAGGGCGAUGACUUGUAUACAAAUGUGACCAUCAGUCUGCAGGAUGCACUCAUUGGUUUUACAAUGGAUAUUAAACAUUUAGAUGGGCACAGUGUUAGCGUAACGCGUGAGAAGAUCACCUGGCCGGGCGCACGCAUACGUAAGAAGGGAGAGGGCAUGCCAAACUUUGAGAACAACAAUCUGACGGGCAAUCUUUACAUAACAUUCGAUGUGGAGUUCCCCAAGCAGGACUUGACAGAGGAGGACAAAGAAGCUCUCAAGAAAAUACUCCAACAGUCGUCCAUUAAUCGCGUCUACAAUGGGCUGUGAAUCUUUGGACAUGCAUCGGGGCUGUACAUUAAGUAGUAUUUAUUGUAGAUGUGAAGACUUUUGUUGCCAGAGGAAGUUGUGCGCAAGAAAACCUUAAUGUAGUCUAGUAAUUGUAAAAAUAUAAAUCAAUUCGGAGUCGUUCCACAUGCCACAAGUGCAACUGUAGCAGCAAACAACAUGAACAGGAAAAAAUAAAUUUAAUUAAAUUUAAA